GCACUCAUUGUCUGGGGCAUCGGGGUGUUAGGGGAUUACCGAAAGGUGUUGACUCAGGUGUGUGUGUGUGUGUGUGAAUGUGCGCACAGUUGUCACGUCCGCCAACAGCGCCGUUUCAGAUGCUGGCGCCAUUUCUCUCCCUAGUCUCCUUACCGUUGCUACCUACGCGCCUUGCCAUGUACUCUCUUUGUGUGGCCUAAAAAUCCAGCAUGGAUAUUGGGGGACUGACCACCGUGGUGGCAAAUUCGGCUUACAUCAAUGCCCGUGGCAGCAUCGAUGGCUCUAACCCGGCGGCGGCUCGAGACAAGAAGUACCACUCCCGCCUCAAGCUGCCUCACAUCACAGUGUGCGAAGGCCUGAAGGACACGCUUGAUUUGGGGUUUGAUGGCGUCUGCGUGGAACAGCCCAUCGGCAAACGUCUCUUUAGGGAAUUCCUGGAAACCAACCCAGAGUACCACGGCGCGUGUCGCCUGUGGCGGGACAUUGAGGACUAUGACCUGGCGGAGGAUUCGGAUCGUGCCAAGAAGGCCUCGAAGAUUAUCCAGCGCUACAUGGACGCCACUGCCAAACAUUUCUGCCCGUUCCUCUCUGAGAACACCAUAGCCAAGGUGAAAGAGGGCCAGGAGGCUGUCGGCGAUGACUUGUUUGCAGCCGCUUUGGCCACUACUCUGGACUACUUACGGGAGGCGCCCUACGUGUUCUUCCUGGAGAGCAUGUACUUGAAGAGGUUCCUCCAGUGGAAGUGGCUAGAGAUGCAGCCCAUGGACUCGGAUUGGUUCCUGGACUUCCGUGUGCUCGGCAAAGGAGGCUUCGGCGAGGUGUCGGCGUGUCAGAUGAAAGCCACGGGGAAACUUUACGCCUGUAAGAAACUGAACAAAAAGAGGCUGAAGAAACGGAAAGGCUAUGAGGGGGCGAUGGUGGAGAAGAGGAUUCUGGAGAAGGUCCACAGUCGCUUCAUUGUGUCACUGGCUUACGCCUUCCAGACAAAGGAGGAGCUGUGUCUGGUCAUGACCAUCAUGAAUGGAGGGGAUCUCAAGUACCACAUCUAUCUGGUGGAUGAAAACAAUCCCGGCUUUGAUGAGCCAAGAGCCUGUUUUUAUAUAGCUCAAAUCAUUCAAGGUAUGGAGCAUCUGCAUCAGAAGAGAAUCAUCUACAGAGAUCUCAAACCCGAGAAUGUGCUCCUCGAUAAUGACGGGAAUGUCCGUAUAUCUGACCUGGGUCUCGCCGUGGAGUUGAAAGAAGGCAAAACGAUGACCAAAGGCUAUGCUGGAACACCAGGCUACAUGGCGCCGGAGAUGCUGAAAGGAGAAAAAUACGACACUUCUGUCGAUUAUUUCACUCUGGGUGUGACUUUGUUUGAGUUCCUCGCCGCCAAGAACCCCUUCAGGAACAGAGGAGAGAAGGUUGCUGUUAGGGGGAUUGCUUGUCCCGAUUUUGACAUCAAAUCGCAUGACCCUCGCGUUAACGUCUUUGCUUUGACUUUUGUUCAGCUCGAGCGCGAGGAGCUGAAAGAGCGAAUGCUAACCCGGGAGGUGAUCUACACGGACAAGUUCAGCGAGAAUGCCAAGUCGCUAUGUAACGGGCUGCUGGCGAGAGAAGUCGACAAGAGAAUCGGUUUGAAAAACGGCUGCUGCGACGAGAUUCGAGCGCACCCUUUUUUUCGUGACAUCAACUGGAGGAAGCUGAAUGCAGGCAUCGUUCCCCCGCCGUUCAUUCCGGACCCCAGGGUGGUGUACGCCAAAAGUCUAGACGACGUGGGCGCCUUCUCCUCGGUCAAGGGCAUCAUGCUAGAGGACCCGGACCGGAGCUUCUUCGACGAAUUCUCCUCGGGCAACAUCCCGAUCCCCUGGCAGGAGGAGAUGAUCGAAAUGGGUGUUUACGGUGAGCUCAACGUGUGGGGCCCCGAGGGCGGAGUCCCCAACGACCUGCGCAGGGAGUCCAUACUAGAGCAGCCCAAGUCGUCCACCUGCUGCGUGUCCUAGCGGGUCACUCGACAGUGAUGACUGAAAUGCACAGGGACUGCCCUUGAUUUUUCUUUUGCGGGAUCUGCAGACGACGGGAAGCAACAGCGAAGCGGAUUGACUAGCGGGAAUGCUUGUCAUGCAAUGUGAUAUGCUGAUCAAGUCUCCGUUACGUGUGUCUGUUUCUUGUGUUCCCUGAAAUUUAUGACAACUGUUUUGUUUCUUAGUAAUUGCUGUAUUCUGCUCUACAAAAUGCUGGUGAUGGACAAUCCAAAGACGAGGGACCAGAUGAAUAGUUAUGUACUGUAAGAUUCCUAAUUACAUUUUUUUGUGGGGAACAAUGUAAGGCAAAUAUCCAUGUAGAGAAAAUGUUCUGGGCAGGUUUAAAAAAAGUCAUUAUGUAGUCUAUCAAAUUGUGUUUCAAUAAAUUCAGCAGUUGAUGUGAA